AUGAGCCGCCGCCUCACUCAUCCAGGCGCAAGCUUUAACUUCUCCUUCCCUGGGGACACAGCGGAGCUCCACUCAACGACGGCAGACACGCACGCCAGCGGUGAUACGCCCGCAACCAGCAACAACCACGCGUACUUGCACAUCGUGGAGCGGGUACCUGGCGACUUCACCCCGAACAACAUGAUCUACCAUCAACUGCAGCGCUACCACCUUGCUCCUGCGCCAUCGACCACGACCGCGGAGGCGGGCGAAGGCGGAGCGGUGCUUGAUGCCUUCACGGCCCUUGUCACGGCUCUGCAACAGCAGCCUGCCCAGUCGCCGGAGGAGGUAUCAGCGGAGCUGUUGACCGCUGAAGACACAGCAUUCGCUGCCACCACGGCAGCGGAGAAGUUGCAGCGGGACCCGUUGGCAUCCAAGCCGGAUGCACAGGCGCAUGCUGCUGAGAACCUCCGUCAGAUGCAUGCCUACGCGGCCGCCUCAGUCGCAAGCACCACCCCUCCCACCAUUAUUCCCGAAAUCAAAGACGGGUAUCGCUUCAUUUUCUACCCCUUCCCCAUUUCGGCUGCCGUGAGCAUCCCGUAUUGCUCCCAGUACUUCUGCGUGCUCGUGAACCUGAAGCCCAUCGUGCCGAACCAUCUCAUGGUGGUGCCUAUUCGCUGCGUUGGCACGAUACACGGACUCACAGAGGAGGAGGUAGACGACUGGGGCGUCGUGAUGCGGUGCACUAUUCAGGUCCUCGAGCAUUUGCGUCGUCAGCGCUACAGUCAAGGAGGUGGUGCUUCCUCCGCCACCCCCGCUGUACCGCCUGUCGGGAACUACAGCAUUGCUGUGCAGCAAGGCCCGCUGGCGGGGCAGACGGUGGACCAUCUGCACGUGCAUGUCAUCCCCUUCGACCCCCAAGGAAAGCUGGCGGGGGAGCCAGAGACAGACGAGGCGGAGCAGCGGCGACGCCCGCCUCGGACACCGGCUGCCAUGCAAGCAGAGACGGAUGCACUGCGUCCCCUGUUCGCCAAGUACACCGCAGCCGCUGAGUCCUCGCCGACGGUCGGCUUGUGA